CUAAUGAAGUUGAGCCAUGAGACAGUGACGAUUGAACUGAAGAAUGGCACACAGGUGCAUGGAACUAUCACAGGAGUGGAUGUCAGCAUGAACACGCAUCUCAAAGCUGUGAAAAUGACGCUGAAGAACAGAGAACCUGUACAGCUGGAAACACUCAGUAUUCGAGGGAACAACAUCCGAUACUUCAUUCUGCCGGACAGUUUGCCUCUGGAUACUUUGCUAGUGGACGUUGAACCCAAAGUCAAAUCCAAGAAAAGAGAAGCAGUUGCUGGAAGAGGCCGUGGCAGAGGCCGUGGGAGAGGCCGAGGUCGUGGAAGAGGAAGAGGGGGCCCAAGACGAUAACUUCUCACCAUGUAACUGCUACGAAAUUCUGGGCAAUUUUGGAUAUUUUUUUGUACAGGUCUUGUUUAUGGUAUCCAUUUUUAAUAAACUGAAAUGUGAAAAA